CAAAGUCAAUCAUCAUUCGUGAUUUUCCUGCUGGAUUCGAGUACAAAAUCAGGAGGUAAAAAAUGAGUUCCACACCAGCUAGGCUUCAGGAAAUGCCACCGAAAGGUGGCUAUCAAAAAAUUCCGUUCGCUCGUGUUCCAGCAAAAAAAUACUUCAAAGGAUGGCAAUUGAUUGCUGCAUAUGCGGGCUUUACUACCGUCGGUUUAUGCGGCUACUAUCUGAAUUGCAAAGAAAAUCUUCGUAACGAAGUAGAGAUGCGGUCGGCUCGUAACGUUAUCUAUGCCAUGCUGCUUGCCGAAAGAGAUCGUGAAUUUUUGAAACAGGUACGACGAAACCGUGACGAGGAGGCUGAACUGAUGAAGAACGUCAAGGGCUGGGAGGUUGGAACUUGGUACGGGGAACCGAUCUUCAAAACUAUCCCGAAGGACAAAUUUAUCGAUCCUACCUUCCAAGAGUUUUACGUUCACACAGAAUAUAGGGAAAUGGCUAAGCGCAAAAAUCUCAAACUGCUUAGCUAAACAGUGAAACAACCAGACCAGGUGGAUUCAAUGAAAAAUUGAGUUAAAUUGCUGCUUCAAUUAAUUGUACGUUGGUCACGAAAUGCAUUGAUCAAUAAACAGGUUGUUCAUUUAGUCAUUUUAAUC